UCAGAUAAUUACGCCGGAGACAUUACCAACUCGAAAAAUCUAAGCGCGAAUAUUUCUCACGAUGAGAAUUGCUCCGUUUUCAUCACGGGCCUCCCCCCCAACUGCUCUAUCCAAAGCCUGCUGGGAAGCAUUCGCAACUGUGGAAGGAUCUACUCGUGCAACAUAAACCCUCCGAACAGCGACUCCCGCACUGCGGCCGCAAAGGUGGUGUUCUUCGAUCGUCAGAGCACUGAACGGUUUCUUAAGAAAGCACGACUGGGCGAGUUCACAGUGGGAAAAUACUGUCCCAUGGUCCGUAUGAACCGAGUGAGAGUGGCUGCACAGAAGGACAAGGAUAUGCGCUUCUCCCGCGUUGUCAAGAUAUCGGGGCCCAAGGAGAUAGUAAACCGCCAGUAUCUUGAGAAGGUCGUCUUCGUUGAUUUCUACUAUGACCUGGACGUCGUCAUGGUUUGCCGUGAGAAUGAGGACAGCUGCGAAAUGGAAUACCAUUUCAGCUCCUUCCGAGCUCAGGCUCAAAAGGCCAUGCUGAACUUGCGCAAUUGGAAACGCUGGGCCAUGGUUAGCCGUGAUGAGGGCAGCGAAAAGUGGCUUGAGGUUCAGAUCAGCCAUGGAGUUGACCCUUGCCAUUAG